AUGUGCGUCACUAUACCGGCACAAUGGAACUCUUCGUUCCGAGAAGUCUACCUUAACGUGCUUGCUGAAGCGUUCGACAUCCAUCGCGAGACGCUUCGCCUGCAACAACUCGCUGAAGAUGCUGGUCUCCCACGACCUCAUUUUGAGCGAGACAUCCACGAUCGUGAACAAUCGUCAGCAACCAGGGCCGGAGAUCAUCUUCGGUUGGUCUGUGACCCUUUUCUUGGUCAAGAUUUCAAGUUUGAUGGCUGGAACAAUGCGGUUCCCAGACCUACCUACAAGCGGACAUACGAUCUGCUGGACGAUCUGCCCGUUCCCACCUCAAACGGCAAAUUCGAAUGCCAAAUUGACUUUCGGAACAAGCAUGUCGAAAGCGGUGGAAUGAUGAUUCUCAAACUCAAGAUCAUCCCUGAGAAAGCGAAGGGUCAAGGCGCAAGUCCGCCCACUACCUGA